AUGAGCUUUGCUAGAACUUCAAUGGCAGGUUCAUGGUUCACCAAGCUUCGCAUGCGAAGGUCUAAGAGUAAUAAACCUUUACCAGAACCAUCUUCAUCUUCUAAGACUCGGUUGAAUUGUGACGCAGACAACAUGGAAAGAAAAAGAUUUGAUAGCUUAGAGUCAUGGUCCAUGAUAUUGGACUCUGAGAAUGUCGAAACAUGGGAAGCAUCAAAGGAGGAUCAGGAAGAAUGGACCGCCGAUCUUUCUCAGCUUUUCAUAGGUAACAAGUUUGCGUCUGGUGCUCACAGUCGGAUUUACCGUGGAAUUUACAAGCAAAGAGCUGUUGCUGUUAAAAUGGUGAGGAUUCCUAAUCAGAAUGAAGAGAGAAGAACAUUGCUAGAACAGCAAUUCAAAUCUGAAGUUGCUUUACUCUCACGUCUCUUUCAUCCUAACAUAGUGCAGUUUAUUGCAGCAUGUAAAAAACCACCUGUGUACUGUAUAAUAACAGAAUACAUGUCACAAGGAACUCUAAGGAUGUAUCUGAACAAGAAAGAGCCAUACUCUCUUUCGAUUGAAACUGUGCUAAGGUUAGCACUUGACAUAUCAAGAGGUAUGGAAUACCUUCAUUCACAAGGUGUGAUUCAUAGAGACCUCAAAUCAAAUAACUUGCUUCUCAAUGACGAGAUGAGGGUUAAGGUUGCGGAUUUCGGGACAUCAUGUCUUGAAACACGAUGCCGAGAGACUAAAGGAAAUAUGGGAACUUAUCGUUGGAUGGCGCCAGAGAUGAUUAAGGAAAAACCUUAUACUCGUAAGGUUGAUGUUUAUAGUUUUGGAAUUGUGCUCUGGGAACUUACAACUGCUCUGCUUCCUUUUCAAGGAAUGACUCCGGUGCAAGCUGCUUUUGCUGUUGCUGAGAAGAACGAAAGGCCUCCAGUACCUGCAAGUUGUCAGCCAGCUCUUGCGCAUCUAAUAAAGCGUUGCUGGUCAGCAAAUCCUUCAAAGAGACCAGAUUUCAGCGAUAUUGUGUCUACUCUUGAGAGGUACGAUGAAUGCGUGAAAGAAGGUCUUCCUCUAACUUAUCAUUCAGGACUAGUCACCAAAAACUUCAUAAUCGAGCGCUUAAAAGGUUGCGUCCCCAUGAGCUCCUCCAUACCUGUAAAUGCUUAA